GAUGUCAGCGCCACUGACGGAAACGGAGCAGAUGGCCAAGGCGGCAACCGCUAAGGCACUGGAAGAUCGGAAGGAGCGCAAGAUCUAUGAUAACUUUGCCACGCCCCUGGCGGGUACCUUUCUUAAUCUGCCCCACGAAUCGGUGGUCAUCAAGUGUCCCGCCUGCGGAGUCCAGGAUCAGAGUGUGGUGCAGAACGAUCUUAAGUGGUGGGCCACCGAACUGAAUCGCAUAUUCGGCUGUCUCUUCGUGACCUGCUGCUGUUGCUGCUGCUUCAACUACUAUGUGCCCUGCAAGCAGACGGAUCGGAGUCACUACUGCGGCAACUGUGGCUGCUACUUUGGGCGUAGCAUGAAGCGGCGGGCGCCACUCAAGCUGAAAGCAACCAAGUAGCCCAAA